CUGCAACGCUGUCCCAACCUCCGCUAUUUUAUCGGUGAAAGUGGGGAAAGCACUUCAUUAUCAUCAUCAAGACAGGCUAUUUAUUCAGAAGCUUACUCGUUACAUGAUGUGAUGGGCCACUCCAUUGCCGCUCGACUUGGCCCAUUGCUGUCUCGUUGGUGCCCUAAACUCAUCCAUCUCAAAGACCACUAUACUUACUGCGAUCGUACCGAAAACGUGCCCGACAUCGACGGACACAAUAGCAGCGACGACGAAGAGCAACAACAGCAACAGAACGGAUUACGUUAUUUAAAUGUUUUUGAAGGGGUUGGUCAAGAGCAUAUUGGUCCAGCAUUGCUACGUAGCCAGAACACGCUUGAGUACUUCUCCAUGGAGAUGUAUCCAGAUGCGUUUUUGGAGAGUGAUGAUUGGUCACGCUUAUUCCACACCCUCAGCUUUUCUCGACUGCGAUCAUUGAAUCUCUACAACGUCGAUUUUGACAGCACCUCGAUUGUCACGAUGCUCAACCAAAGUCCAAUGCUGGAAACUCUGACUCUGAAGAACCAUAUACCUACAAUGUCAAAUCCACUAUCACCACUACAGCAACCUUUGCGACUUCAAACGAUGCUGUUCGUACGGACGCUACACUUGGACAACAUUCAACCUUUCGAUGGUCUAUCCCUUACUACGCUUCUCGAAAGCUUCCCAGCGCUAGAGAAACUCGAGCUCAUUGACUUACCCUCAACACUGAGCUUACCUCGUAUUUUCGGACGCUUUUCGCGCUUAGGACAUCUUCACAUUGAAAAUGUUCCUUGGACCUACUCAGAUAACGACUCUCAUGUUCCAACCAGCAAUGACUAUGCCAGCAUGCCUUUCGAUUGCAACAGCGAAACCAUUGCUGCAAGAUUUUUUCGACAAAUACCUGCAUGUGAAAUGAAACUCAAUGUUUUCCACCUAGAGCAGGACUCAAUAAUGCCCGUAAUUACAACUAGAAGAUUCUCCUACGACCCUUUACUACUUGCCCUGGCAAAAAUUUCUACGAUAAAAGAGUUGCGUAUCGACCUAGAUCCUGAUUCUUAUACAGACGAAGGAUUGCUUACGUUUCUAAGAGAAUUAAGCCUUCGACAACAGCAACAACAACAACAGCAACAGCAACAAAUAACAGCAGGAAUUGAAUCGCUCUUACUCCGAAAUGUACGUAGCAUGACCAACCUGGCGUUAUUUGAUGCUUUGGCCGAGCUACCAUGUUUGAAGACUUUGGCCGUAUUAUCAAGAGCUAUGCCUACGUGCACAGAAGUCAACCUAUCUGGAUUGAUUUCUAUGCUGCAGAAGAGUAAAAGUAUGACUCUUGCAAUGUUCGAAAACGUGUGGCUGGUUUCUCCUGCAGAUUCGUAUACACAAGGAGCUUACGACGACUUCGCGCCCCACCUGGACGAUGAUUUGGAAGUAUGGAUGCGUCAACAACUAUUUCAUCGAUAUAAUGUUAGCUUGGAUGACUAUGAUGUUUCUAUAACUCUGUAAUAUAAGAGAAAAACUGACAUGAAUAGUGUAUGAUGAAAUAAAUACUUUUCUUUCAAAUAUUUA